GGAGAGCGGAGUGAGAGGAGUUGAAAUAGGGCAGAGCAGGAGCGGAGCGCUGAGAGGAAACCAGCCGGAGGAGCCGGAGGAUGGCAAGCCGCUGCUGAGAGUUGGGACGCGCCACCCGUCGCUACUGACACAGCUGCCACUGAUACACCAGUCCAUAAUUAAUCUGAACCCUUUAAACCCUGCCGAGCGGGAGGAGAGGAGUGGAACUAAAAGAGUGCAGUUUGGACGCGGUGCUGCGAGGAAAUCUGUGGCAUAUUUGCUCGAAUUUCCUUUCUUUCUGUCCUCUUGCCUCAGAAUACCACAGGUAGACACUCAUGGGCAACCUGGGUGUUUGGGCUGUGGCUGUGGCCACUCUGCUGGGAACCACAGGGUGCUGGCUGGCUGAAGGGCACAAGGGGAGCAGGCGAGGCAGCAUGGAUAAAGCCAGUAUGUCACAUACCUCCUCCCAGGAACCACACUCCAUGGAGGGGAAAGCAGACGGGAACAUCGAUCAAUCCCUUUCCGACCCAGACGAAGAUCCAUGUCGGAGGACCUACUGUGGACGGGGUCGGCAGUGUGUGCUGAUGGCAGAAACUGGCCGUGCCGAGUGCGUUUGCCAGGAAAAGUGUCGGCCCUCUUUUGUGCCGGUGUGUGGCUCAGACGGCAGGUUCUACGAGAACCACUGCGAGGUUUACCGCACCGCCUGCCUGGAGAGGAGACGAAUCUAUGUGGUGCACAGCAAGGAGUGCUUCUUCAAAGUCAAUGCAUGCACCAUGUCAGAGUACAACAAGCUGAAGAACAUGCUGCUGGAUAUGCAACCUAAAGUGCUGAAGACUGGAGAGCAGAGCCAGCAGAGAGACAUGGAGGAGAAGAGAGCACUGGUGGACACCAUGUUCAAAUACCUGGAUGUGAACAAGGACAGCCGGCUGGUCAGUGAUGAGCUGGAAAAGAUCUCCAUGAAGGAGCACCUCGAGGACAGCCUGUUGGAGUGCACCAUGCAGGACCUGCUGCGUUACGACGACUACAACAACGACGGACACCUCAGCCUGCAUGAGUUCUAUACAGCUUUCCAGGUUGUCCAGCUGAGCCUGGCAGAGGACCAGCGCAUUAGUGUCUCCACAGUAACAGUGGGCCUCAGUGCCGUCCUUACCUGUGCCAUCCAGGGGACGCUGCGCCCCCCAAUCAUCUGGAAGAGGAACGGCAUCAUAUUAAACUUCUUGGACCUGGAGGAUAUUAAUGACUUUGGGGACGACGGCUCCCUGUACAUCACCAAGGUGACAACCAUCCACAUGGGGAACUACAGUUGCCAUGCCUACGGCUAUGAAGACCUCUAUCAGACACAUGUGCUGCAGGUGAAUGUCCCUCCAGUGAUCCUGGUCUAUCCGGAGACGCAGGCCCAGGAGCCAGGUGUAUCUGCCAGCCUUCACUGCCAUGCCGAUGGCAUCCCAAAUCCCAAACUCCUCUGGCUGAAGAACGGCAUGGACCUGCAGCCCAGAUCCUCCAAACAGCUUUCUCUCAUAGCAAAUGGUAGUGAGCUCUUUAUUGGCAGCGUCCGGUAUGAGGACACUGGAGCCUACACAUGCAUCGCCAAGAACGAAGUGGGAGUGGACGAGGAUAUCUCCUCUCUGUUUGUUGAAGACUCAGCCAAGAAGACCCUUGCGAACAUUCUGUGGAGAGAAGAAGGGUUGAGUGUGGGGAACAUGUUCUAUGUCUUUUCUGAUGAGGGCAUUACAGUUCUCCAGCCCAGUGAAUGUGAGAUACGAAGACACAUGAAGCGGACAGAGAGGAUUGUUGCUACCUAUGAGGAGAUGUGCCCUAAAGGUGAGGGGGUGUCACCUCAGCACUGCGUGUGGUCCUCAGCAGUCAACAUCAGGGAUAAGUACAUCUACGUGACCCAGCCCCUCCUGAGCCGACUGCUGGUCGUCGAUAUUCAAGCACAGAAGGUGGUGCAGGCAGUGGCAACAGAUCCUUUUCCAGUGAAGAUGCUCUACGACAAAUCACAUGACCAGGUGUGGGUCCUAACAUGGGGGGAUAUGGACAGAACACACCCAACGCUUCAGGUAAUUCUUCAAGCCAGUGUGGGAGAAGUACAUCAUGCCAUCCGCACAACUUUCCAGAGAGUCAAUGACUUCUUCAUUCCUCCAACCAACCUCAUCAUCACUCACGUGAGGUUUGCCUUUGUCUUCCUCAAAAAUGAACCUGCGGUACACAAGAUUGACCUGGAGACCUUCCACCGUGUCAAGACCAUCAGCCUGAAGAACUACAGCUGCAUACCAGUCAGCAUGGCAUACACACAUCUGAGCGGCUUCUACUUCAUCCAAUGCCAGAGCAAGAGCCACCUGCAAGUACCGCCCCAGCUUCUCAUCGACAGCGUGACGGACACUGUGAUUGGUCCAAACCUAAACAUCACAGGGCAGCCCUUUGUGUCCCCAGACGGCCGCUACAUUGUGACACCUGACCCCCUGAGCUCAAAGUUGAUUGUUCAAACAGUAUCUUUCCAGGGGGAGCUGGGUCUGAACCAGGAAAUGGACGAGCCUGUAGCUGUCUCUGAUCUGGCUUUCCAGCCCUCUUUCACAGAGUCCAACCAGCAUGUGGUGGUGGCCACCUCAGGCUCAGGCACGGACCUACUAUUUGCCGAUCUAUCCUCGGGCCGCACUGACGUUCUCCAGAGCCUCAAGGCGCCCCUGACCGCCCAAGCCUGGCCCUGGGGAGGCCCCAACAGAGUGGUGGUCUCGAGCGGGUUGUUUGGACAGUACCUUGUGACACCAUCAGCUGAGUCCCUCUUUGUCCUGAAUGGCAAACAGAGAACACCACACUGCGAGGUGUCAGACAUCAAGAGAGGGAACACAGUUGUCUGGGUCGGCGAGGUAUGAGUAGGAAAAAAGAAAGCAGGAGUCCUAGGAUUAGGGAAAGACGUAAGAGAAAAAAGGAAAGAUCAGGCCAAAUUACCUAUUAUAAAGAUUUACACGAACAUAAGUUGUGGACUCAACCCUGGGACUGAGCGAGGGGGAAACAUGCCUGGGUUUAUUGUAACAAAAGUACACUUAAAAAUAGAGUAAUUGAGAAAACAUUAAGAAACCCUGUUGUGAUAUUUCUAUUGGGAGAAAGUGUCAAUGCCGUUCAGUGCAACAGUGAUCUAUGUGCACUUAACUAUACAGAAUUGUACAUUAUUGCACUUCCUUCCAUGUUAUCACAGCAAAUAGGUACCUGAAGAGGGUUUAUUAACGAACUAUGAACUAUGCACAAUGCUCACUUUUUUUAGAGUAAAAAGCUUUCCAAUUUUGUUUAUCUCAACAAUGUUUGUCGUUUUCACCAGUGCUGCAUAUAAUCACCACAAACUGUCUGUCCUGUCUGCCUUUAGUGUAUGUGUGUUCUGAGUCCUUUUAAAAGCUACCAACCCAUCUGUUUACUCGCCUUUGUCCUGGUAUUGUACCAUAUCCUCCCUCUGAAAGCUUUCUUUCUCCUCAUGCCAGCAGAUGUUGGCUUUAUGCACAUAUGUAAUACCCUCUAUUUACAUUGUCUAUCCAAAGAGCCCAAUUUGUCCAUUAGCUGUCAACAAUGGAUGUUUUGCUCGUGGAGGAGGCCUAACCAGAAAUGAACAGAAUGAAUCUUACAGUCUCUUGCAAUGGUAUAAUCUGUCCCACGCUGUCUCUCUGUUAAUCUGUGCCUGCAGCAUAACUCUGUGCUGUGGAGCCUAAAAAUGCCACAUAGCAGAUUCCCUCAGGGUAAUGACUUCGUUUACGCUGACCCAUAUGCUGAGGCCGUGCCAAAGUGGUAUCAACUUCGCUAUCUGACUGGCUGUGAGCAUUUGUACAUCCUCCCAGAGAGCCGUGCAUCAAAAUGAAACUCCAAGGCAGGUAGACUCAUACGUCCCAUGUAGCAGAAAGGAUAUAUUUUUAUUAGUGACUGUCUAGUCCACAAGAAAAACUUGUUUCUGGAUUUAUGAUUAUGUAUUUGGUUAGCAACCACAACUGCACAGGGAAAAAUAUGCUGUAUCUCAAAACCUAGCAGCCUGUUUCAAAAGUAGGGAUACAUUUUUUUAGACAUUAGCAAUACGUACUGUAUUGAAAAUGUUUUCUGUUUCCCAGAAUACUUAUUCAGGGCUUAAAGUUCUCCAGCACUGUGCUGGAAUUCCAGCUGUUUUAGAUUAAAAAUAGAUAAUUAUAUGUCUAUGGAAAAUAUUCUUACAUAUUUUUAACUGUUAGGUUGCAAGAAUACGUCUGUAUAUGUAUGUAUACAGCCAUAAGGAACUCUAAAAUUUGUAUAAUAAAAGCAGACCUACUUUAUUAAUGAAAACCUUUGUUUACACUGUGGUUCAGCGAAGUGUCAGCUCAAAAAUGCAUGUGACUACGCUACUUUAAAAAAGCACUGCAAAGAACAGGCUAUUUGUUUUGUUUUCAUAUCAUCAUCACAAUCUUUUGGACUAAUUUGGCAAUGGCUUGACAACAGUAGGACUUUAUGCCGCAUAUGCUGUAGACCAAUGGAGGAAGAAGCGCUGAAAAUUUAAAGAGGCAUACUGGAUGUUCUUUAUGUUUUAGAAAGUUGUGCUUGGAUUUAGAAACAAUUACCAGACGGGUUCUGACUGAGGUAAAAGUGAGUAGAUAAUGCAUUUUUCAGACAUUUUGAUCUUUCAAGCUAACUUGAGGAUUCGCAUUUAGAAACGAUUAGAUUUGGUGUUCAUGUCUUUGUGAAAUGGGUCGCAAUAUGCACCACAACUGUCAUCCAUUUGGCUUAUAUCCUACAGCCCUCUUUUUAGCAUCUAAUACCACAGUGCACUUUACCUUCUUGUUCAUUUUGCUUUGUUUUUGUUAUUUGUAUCAGUUGUGGUAAUAAACAUGUCCUAGCCAGACUGGCCAUCUGGGCAAAUCCCACUGCACCACAAAACAUCAAGUUUUAACAGUCCUGUCAGUCUCUUUAACAGACCUCUCUGUGUGCCUGUCAUUAGGGGUGGGCAUGUGUGCAGCAUGCGUGUUCCAGGCAUAGAAAUUUCCCAUCCUUAUUGAUUGUUAAAUUAUUAAAAUGCAGAGGUUUGUUUAUUGUUGUCAAAAAUUGUAUACUACUUUUGAAAAACUAUGUCUCAAGGCAGUAUCUGAAUAAACACCAGCAACUCUUCAUCUGUUAAAAUAGCAGAUAUUUUCUCUCUGUGGUUGAACUUCUUCAUCUUCUGUGUAAUUUGCUUUGGUCAUCUUUGCAACAAUCAUCAUAAUGAUGAUCCAUUAGCAGCAAGAUAGCGGUUCUGCUUCUUUGCAGAUGCAAGGUUAUCAGAAAAGACUGUUUACUCUUAUGUUAAAUGAGUUAAAAUGGGUGCCAGCCUUGGGAUAAUGGCUUUUUCUUUUUUAUUCUUUAUGCUAUAUAGCCCUGCUCUGUGCCUCCUGGCCUCAAACUACCUUAAUGUCCUCUAAUAUUCAGCUGUCAGUAUCAUCUGCCAUACAUGUUUUUUUCAUUUCUAACUGCAGGUACAAAUUGUAUUUUCCAUAAGAUACGCUUGCUACCAAUUUAAUCUAUAGAGUUAAGGAAUCAUAACUCUCACAAUGUAUUUACAAAAAAAUUGCUAGAUUUAGCAAAUACAUGACUAAGCUGUCUAACAGCUUCUCAGCUAGCACAAAACAGCUAGAAGCAAAAACUUAGCCUAUGUCAUCUUGCUGCUAAAUGAAAUCAACAAAAAGUAAUGUACAAUAGAAACAGUAGCACUGAGUCUCAAUCACAGCAUUAAAAGAGAAAAUAUUUUCUGUAGAAUACAGCCAAAAAUAAGGUCAAUCAAAAUCAGAUCUAUAUAUUCUACACAAACCUCCAACAGUAACAAAUCUGUUCCCUCUUCUGUCUCAUUCUCAUUAGCGUACAGCCAGUGGCUAAACAGAGUAACUGGAUGGCAGGCCAACAUAAAACUUGCCAGUUGUCAAGUUUGUGUGUUCUGUGCACGCCACUGUCUGUACUCAGCCAAAGAUUGUCUAUGUAGUAAGAAAAACAUCACUUUGUAACAGCUACGAGUGUUUUUGUAGUUCCAACUCCAACAGUGCUACAUCUUCUGUCUAACUAAUCACACCGAUUUUAGGAGUCUCAUUCUCCCAGUUAAUCUUUUAUUAUAUCUGUAAUUUAAGCUCAUCAACUUCAUAGUUUUGAAUCAGGACCUUAAGUAUUUGGAUCAGAAAACUAAGGUGUGCCAAACUUUAUGGCUAUACAUGUUAUUUUAAUUUGUCAGAUACUGUACAUACUUACAUUGACCUAAAUGCAGAGUAAGUAAUGGAUCAGACUUGGUAUCAGAGAUACUCCAAAAACAUUUGAUUGGGACAUCCCAAAUUUUUCUUGAGCUGAAAUGUGAUUGAAACGUAACUUGGAAGAAAAACCCCUGUAAACACAAUAUAUAAUCUCUACACAAAUACUCACAGCCUUUGGGAUUUUGCAGUUGUUGAUCUUUUUUGGUGCGUAAAUAUCAAGUGAUAUUAAACUCACAUUUAUCUCUGAAGGUCUAGGCCAUCCACAGACCAAGAGGUCAAAAUCCAUCUUUAACGUGUACAAAAAGUCUGUCAGAGUGUAAGAAAAGCGUGCCACUGUAAAACCAGCCCGAGUCUUGUGAAUGGAGUAUAUCUGCUCAUGUGCUCCCCCCCCCCCCCCACAAACAAAAAGAAGUCCAAAUUAAAUAUUAAUCAUUUUCUCCCAAUACGUAGUUGUGCCUGUAACUCCCCAAUGCAAUGUGUAGGGUAGAAACCAAGCUGUGUAAGAAAAAGAAAAAGUAAACAGAAGUGAAGCAGAUUUGUCGUUCUUGUUUGUAAUUUAGGUAUUUGCUGCUAAUCUGCCAUGAAAACCAUUCUGGCACAAAAACCUGUUUAAUGAACUUUUUGAAGGCAAUGACUUAAUGAUGUUGAUCAUGUUUCCUAGACCACUGUUGCACUGAGGAGAGAAAUAUAAUAUCUGACAAACAUUUAUGCUUUCUGAAUAGAAAUUUGUCAAAUUGGUAGCCCAGUUUUCUCAAUGUAUCAAUGAAAAAAAAAUCUUAUUAUGAAAACAUUCAGGCUAUGACGCUUCCUAAAAUCACUAUCCCAUCCAAAGUCACUCCCCAAUGGCUCUCAAUGAGUAAUCUACAGUACUUGACAGCUCCGAGACAUGCAUGUAAUAAAAAUAGAUCUUCAACAUGAUUAUCAUCGACCUCUCAGUGAUCUCUCACAGUCACAUACAGUUUACAGUUGCUUGUGAAAAAGUCACUUUUCUGCCCUCUCAUUGUCACGUUUGUCAGCUUAUCUCUUAAGGUCGAUUCAGCAGUAUGACAUUGCUACUAGAGCCAAGGAGAGCAAGAACAAAGAGAUCGCACCUGCGCUUGCUGAUAUAACUACAUUAUUGGCUAGCUCAUGUUAUUUGUUUGGAUCUACCUUCAGUGUCACAUGACUAUUUCUGUACCUCUCCUUUAACCCUCCAAAUAAGGGGCUGCAGAGCUGAACCGCUUGGUGUGAUAGACAUUUAUAGGAACCACUGUUGUAGAUAACAUUGUUCAUGUUUAGAACAGGUUCCGACUGACUGUACAGUUUUCUUUAUGCAUUUUGUGUGUUCUGGUUUAUGAGGGAAUUGUUUUGUAAGAAAAAAAUCUAAUUAAAUAUAUUGUAAAAAUCA